AUGGAGGCAAAUAGGAAAGAUGAGGCAAAUGCUAUGAUUUUUAUACGCCAUCAUCUUUAUGAGGAUCUGAAAGAUGAGUAUAUACAAUUAGAAAGACCAUCAGAAAUAUGGCAAAAACUCAAGGAGAGAUUCGAUCACAUGAAAACAGUAAUCCUACCACAAGCUCAAUAUGAGUGGCAGCAUUUAAGACUGCAAGACUUUAAAUCCGUUGCAGAUUACAAUUCAGCAUUAUUUAAGAUUGAGUCUCGUUUAGCACUAUGUGAAAAGACUAAUGAGUUGUUAUUGAAAAAUCACGCUUUGCGACCCAGUGGGUCCCAAGCAGUGCCAGAAGCACAUGCUAUUAAACAAACGAACCGUUUCAAAGGUCGUGGCCGAAAAUUCUGGCGUGGUGCACGUAAUAACAAUUGGCACAAUGGUCUACGUCGAGAUAAUCAUGGAAAUCCCCCAGGUGGACGUGAAUAUUUCCACAAAAAUGAUUAUAUGGCUAAACGAAGACAACCCGGUCAUGGAAAUUGUGACAAAGAGAAGCAUGCUGAGAGUAUUUGCAACAGAUGUGGGAUGAAUGGACACUGGGCCAAAGUCUGUAGGACUGCCCAACACUUUGUAAAUCUAUAUCAAAGUUCAAAGAAGAAUAAAGGAAAGAGCAUCCAGACCAAGCAAUAG